AUGCCGAACAAGUGGAGCAAAAUCAAGGACGCCGUCCUUACACAUGCAAAUGGUUACAAAAAGCUAGUGCGACCAAGUGUUGCCCUCCACAAAACCGCUUUCCCGAAGACUGCGGCAGAUCUCGAGAGUCUAGGCGUGCGUUUCGACUUCGCAGGCACUAUUGAGGAAGAUCCCAACUUCCUGGAAGCAGUGGAGACAAAAACACGAAAAGGGACACACGGAAUCGUUGCAACUGUCAAAAUCCCUGACGGUGGCACUAAGGAAGAUGUCCAGGCGGCUCUUGACGCUGUCGAUAGUGAGAUCGACUAG